GAACCACUGCCAUUGCAACCUUCAACGCGGGUGUGCCUCCGCAAGGAGAGAACCACGGUGCAGCCGUCCACAGGGAGUCGCGCUACCGCCCCGCCAGCCCGGAGCAGGGAGAGCGUUAGGGGGCGGGAGUUCUUGGAGUCCCAGCAUCUUCUCAUUGGUUGCCAGAAGACGGUUGUGUAACAUACGCGAAGUCUGUGCUCAUUGUUCGUAAAUACGCAAAUCCAGAUGAUGGAAGCGGAUCUAUUGCUAGCUCCGCAGUCUGGGAAAUGAAAUGCUAAAUUCCCCCUCGUUGAGCUGAAAAACACGCGAGGGUUUCUGAUUGAGGUCCAGCUUCGGUUCUCAGACCACAAAGAGCUGAUGUUUAACGUCUGUUAUGUGAUCGGUUUACAACAAACCGACAUAGCUGAUAAACCUCAAAUGACACCUGGCUGCAUCGUGAAUAGCACCGCAGAUUCGUGAUCUGAUGAUAAGGACCAACUUCUUCAAGAUUUACGUACCAGGAGAUGCUUUACCAUCAGGCUUCCUACUAGAUGUGGCUCUGACUUCCUGGGAUGGUGCUUCUAUGUUCAAAUAAAGGAUUGGAUUCAAAAAGCAAAUUGUCCUAGUUCCUCUAGAGAAUGGCUCAUGGUUGGGAUUCAUACUUCCCAAACCUUCCACCUCGUUCAUCAGAUCCUCGAAAUCUGAGGAGGACAUCAGAGUCUGAUAGACCUCUACCCCAGCAUAUAGGGAACUUUAUUGGACAUCAUGAUUUCUCUGGUGCAGUAGGCUCGCGAGAAGUCCCUUUACCGAACACAAACUUCAAUGCGAACUAUUGCAGAACUACUAGUUUUGAAACUCCAAGGUCAGACUGUGUUUAUAAUAGAUACUAUGAAAGGCAAUGGCAACCUGACAGACAACAAAUGGGAAGGGAUUACCCUCAAAGAUAUAGGAGUAGAGAUUUUCCUAAUUAUGCUUCAAACCAACUGCCAACAUCAGGAUCUCAUCAUUCAUCGUUUGUACCAGAUUUUCAUCGUCCUAAGCAAGAACGAGACAUGCGAGCUAUGUCAUAUCGUGGAAACUACUCUGCUACAAGCAACUACUCUGAUACAGAUUCUAGAGAAGCAAGGCCUUCAUGCAAAUUCACUCGAAGUAACUUUUUUCCGAGACCAAAAACUGACAUUGUUUCAAAUGAAAGCUCACCAAAACUCGCUUUCUCUACAACUGGAAAUAGAAAUACCCAGGCUGAAAGACUGUGCCCUAAUAUGUCAGAGACACGUUCUUUUUCAGUCAAAGGUUACAGGGAACAGAAUCAUUCUUCUGCUACCUCUUCUGAUGUAAGCACUACAGGGAAUGAAUAUGAUGGAAAUGAUGAUGCUUUUCAUGAUCAAAAACAAAAGGUUGAUGUGGACAGAGAUCUUGCAGAAGCUACAUACUCAAACUUCCAAAUUACUGAAAAAUGUUUUGAAGAUGGAAAUCGUCAGCAUCCAAUGGAGGAGGAGGAGCUGCUAAAAUCAGCUCCAGGUACAUUUGACAAUAAGCAAAAUUACAUGGAUGAUCAUGUAGAGAAAAUUAAUCCAAAUGAAGCAUUCAAAAAUCCAGACUCAACUGAUGAUCAAGACACAAUUGUGAAUGAGAAUGAGCUGGAAAAAAGUCAGGUCUUAGAAAGUCUUUGGGAGAAAUCAGGCUCAUUGGAUGAUGAAUUAUUUGAUGAAAAAACAUCCUUAAUUCCAAAUUCCUCUAUUUGCAAAGAUGAAAUGAUGAAAACCGACCAGCAUGAAAGAGGAAUCCAGAAGGAUUCAUCUCACCCACUGGUUAUGAAUGAAUCAAGUUCUUCAGAUGAUAAUGAUGAGCAAAGUGAAAGCCUUUCAAGUAGCAACAACUAUGACAUAGAGUUCAGUUUGCAGUUACCUGAGCCAAAGUCCUGUGAAAGUCUUGGCAGAAUGAGUGAUAAUCAUUCACGUGACUCCAACGCAGGCACAGAUAUUAGUCAAGAAACACAGAAAGAUGAGGAAUCCUCAAGUGCAGCAGUAGAGGAAAAGUCAACCUUUUCUCAAGAUACAGAUUGUUGUAGGCCAAGUGACACUAGGGACCAUUCUUCUGAAGAGACAAGUGAUCACAUAAAGAAAGAUGUGGCCAGUAAUGUAUUGUUGGCAUCACCCAGUUCAGGUACGCAUAAAUAUCUCCAAAAAAGUAAAGAUCUUACAAGAGCAGAAAAGUCCAACCUUCUUUCUCAAGAUCCAGAUUGUAUUGGUCCCAGUGCCAACAACAGCAUUUUGAAGAAUUCUGCUAAUAAUUAUGAGCAGGAUCUUAUUCAUGCAGAUUCCUGUCUGCAACCAUCCUCUUCGGGUCCUGACAUUGAUCCUAGUGUAGAAAUGGAAAGCACACAAGAAAAGACAACCCCAAUCCUCUCCCAAGAUAGUUGCACAUCUAAUGCAACUGUUGACAGUUUUUGUAACGAUCUUGGUGAGGAAAAACAUAAAUGUAUAGAAAGUCAUCCAGAUUCCAUACUAAAUAAUUUAGGCACAGACCUGGACCCAGUUCAGAAAAAUGGAAGUCCCCCAGAGAGAAAGACUCCAAAUUCUCCUCCCAGGCAAAACUCUAGUCCCAUUGUCACAAGUGACAAUAUCUCUGUUGAUAUAAAUGAUACUGUUAGUCAAGCAGAAAUUGUUUUAAAGCGAAAUAGUUCAGGCACAGACUUGCAUACUGAUCAGGAAAUGGGAACCUCACCAGACGAGGAAGCUCCAAACUUGUCUUCAAGUCAAGAAUUUAGUCCCAGGGUCAUUCAUGACAAUCCCUUUAAUGAUAAUGGUGACAUCGUUAAUCGUUCAGAAUCCUUACACAAAAAUGUCUUGAACACAGAUCUUUUUCCCUUUCAUUCAGAGGAAUGGGCAAGUCCACUUGAGAGCACAAAUGCUAUGUCCAGUACAGAUCCAAAAUGUAUUACCAGAGCUAUGAUAACUGACAGUAACACACAAAGAGAUUUCAGUGAUUUAAAGUCCUGUUCACAGCCAAGUGCAGCAAUUGAUGUCAAUUCCCUCCUAGACGAGAAAUCGAUAAGUCAAGAGGAGAUUACAAACUUAGCCUUCUCCCCAGAUCCACCUCAUUCAAUAAAUGAAAGUUUUCCAUCUCAAGAACAAACGGAACAGGCUGAUUUUGCUGAAGAUGCGAAAGACUCACAUGAAAAGUUGGACCUCUCCGCAAAAGCCCUGUCAGAACUUGGCCUGUUGUAUGGGGAGCCUCUGUCUGGAGAUGAGUCUUCAUGUGGUGCUGUCGAAAGAUGUGAUGUCUCACAUCAGCUUCAAAAAACACCUGUGACUAGACCUGACAAGGAUCCCAUGGACCAGUUUGAGCGGCCAGAACCUCAACUGACAUUUUCUGUAAACAUGAGGCCAUUCUUGCACCCUGUUGUAAUAUUGAUGAACAUGGAGUCAACAAAUUGUAUAAGCAACACCUACAACUGUGCCAAUUGCCUACACACAUCCAACAGUGUAGAUGAUCUAAUCGAGCACCACUACAGUUGCCAUCCAAUGCCAAGUUAUCAAUUUUGCAAGACUUGUAAUGUCUAUUUGAAGAAGAAUGAACAGGAGGAACAGCAUUUGUGCGGUCAGAUCAUCCCACUUAAGAAGAACAACUGCGGUCCCUACAAGUGCAGUAGGUGUGGACUUCUAUUUUCCAGAAUACUUCAGUACAUCAGGCAUAUGCGUGAUCACACUGGCCGUACACCAUAUCAGUGCAAAGGAUGUGGCUUUUACUUUGCACAAUCUAGUUCUUUAAAUCAUCACAAAAGAGUCCCUGGUAGGUGCAAGCAGUCUCUGGCAGCUAAGAAGACUGACACUGUUGAUAUCAAAACACCAACACAGAAAUAUGUGGCACAAAGCACUUCAUAUGAAAACAUGAAGCAAUGUUACGUCUGGCUCAUUGACAUCUCCAAGACUAAUGUCUGUAAUUUCUGUGGCAAAACGUUUUCUUCUGCAAAGAAGACCAAAAAGCACAUCUACAAUGUUCACAAGAAGAAAAACAUGGCUGUUUUGUCUUAUCAGAGUGAGACGGGUGCAUUAUAUAAAUGUCCUCUUUGUCCACGGCAUUUCAAGUAUUCCUACAACAGGGCUCGACAUUUGCGUUUUUGUGUCCGAAAUGCAAUAUAUGGAGGCAAGAAGAAAGUUGGUGAUAAAUAUGUCUGUCCUUUGUGCAAAGCUACCUUCACAGCAACAUCCAACAGAUAUAGACAUGUUAAACUAACUUGCCUGCGAGAAACCCUCAAUCGACUCGCAAGGGAGAAGCUACGAUUGCGUCAAAAGUGUAUGAAGGAAAAAGAUCAGAAACCACAAUCAAAAGAGUAUGUAUGGUUAACACAAGGGAAGGAAGGAGAAGCAAAAAAGCAGGGAACCCAAGUUUCAACAGCACCCAUAAUUCAGUACAAAUGCAGCCACUGCCCUGCAAUUUUUUUCCAUCCCUCUGGAAAGUAUAGACACAUGAAAAAACACGAGUUGUUUAAACGCACUGGCAAAAUAAUCAGGUAUAGGAAAUCUGCCGUGUCCAAACCAGCAUCUCCAGGCGGCACAAUGACUGAAGAGAGCACAGACACGACAAAAGAAUUCCCAAUACCUACUCAAAGCUGUCGCUUUUGUGGACUGAGUUUUCCUGUUCUGUCGUCUCUAAAGAGACAUGAGCGUGGUCAUCAUGGUGACCGACCAUACCGCUGUCUGGAAUGUAGAAAGGGAUUUAAGAAACGUACUCAUCUGAUUGGUCACAGAGUUGUCCAUCAGAAGAGGAUACAGUGCACAGUCUGUAGAAAGAUUUUACCUACAAUUGGAGAAUUGAUCCUGCACCGAAGCUCUCACCUUAAAAAAGGAAUGCUUCAGUGCCCAGAGUGCCUGGCACAGUUCCAGUAUCCAGUGUAUCUGCUUAGGCAUCUACAAACUCACAAAAACAAAGACAAGAAGACAAAGAAGCCUGAAGAUGAAACUCAAAUAAAGCCACAACAACCCUCAGAAACUCUCAAAGAAAAGGAUAGACCUAAGGUGUUGCAAUGUUCCCUGUGCAAAGAAACCUUUGAUGAUGCACAAAUACUAAGAAAACAUUCUCUUAUGCAUAUUUCAGGAUCUUCAAAUGAUUGUCCAUUCUGCAAGAAGAGAUUUACAACUCGUCAUUCUCUCAUGCGCCACAUGGUCAAACACACCGGGGACAAACCUUUUUCCUGUGCUGACUGUGGAAGACAGUUUUACCGAUCAGUAUACCUCAAAAUUCACUCUGAGACUUGCACACAUGCAAAAAACGAGCAACCUAUAGAAGCAAAUUCUAGUAAUCUGAUAAAAAACAAGCGUUACUGGUGCACCAUUUGUCCCCGGAGAUUCUGGACACUAAGCCGUUUAGAUAUGCACCUCAAUGCCCACAAGAAUAAGUCUCUUCAUCUGUGUACAAAAUGUGAUCAGUACUUUGGAGUAAACAUGAUCUCUCGUCACAAGUUGGUUUGUGUCAAGACCAAAGAGAUCCCCUCUGCUGACAAAUCAACUGAGUCAAACUCAACACAAGUCAGCCAGAAUGUUCAGGAAACACCUGAACACUCUAAUGCAAGUAAAAUGCUCAAGCUUAAAUGCCCAUAUUGCCCAAAACGGUUCAGGUACAGAUCACUUCUACUGAGACACAUUGUGUCGCAUACUGGCGUGCAACCCUUCAGAUGCAUGCACUGUGGCCACAGAUUCAGAAGUCAAACUCUGUGUUUAAAGCAUGAAGCUUCUUGCGAUGCUGGUUCAAAAAUGAAUCAACCAGAACUCAAAAUGAAUGCUGAAGCAGAUUUGGAAUCACAAAAACUCCAACCAGAGGGUGAAGCUGAGUUGAAGUGCAAAUUCUGCACAAAGACUUUCUUGAAAGCGCGAAGCCUGAGGCAUCACAUUCUGACACACAAUGAGGUGAAGCCAUAUCGCUGCAAAGCCUGCGACAGCUGCUUUUCACGUUAUGACCAUCUGAAAGUGCACCAGGCUCUGUGCAAAAGUAAAAAGACACGGCUGGAGGUGAGAAUCCCCAAAAUCUGUCUGGAAGAUGUUGGCAAAGGUUGGCAAAGUAAAUUCAACCUAAAGCCACUUGAUGAACAGGAGAGCUUUGACUGUAAGGUCUGCUUGAAAAGCUUCCCAACUGAGAAUAAACUUUCCAGACACACCACUAUGUUCCACACUAUAAAGCCAUUCAACUGCUCGCGUUGCGGUUCUGCUUUCUCUCAUGAAAAAACUUUGAAACAGCAUCGAAGGACAAAAAGGUGCAAAAAGGCGAGGACUGAAUCAUAUACUCCACUGCAUCAAGAUGAAACUAAUCAACCAACUGACAAAAUCGCCAAACAACUUGAUGGGAUAAGGAAAAAAAUCUUGGUGAAGAUUCAGCCUUUAUUCAACAAAGACUUGAAAUUUGUAUGCAGCUACUGCCCCCGUGCAUUCAAAAACAGCUGGCAAUUAAAUGUGCACAAUCGAUUACAUACUGGAGAGAGGCCAUAUUCAUGUGAGCAUUGUGGAGAGAAAUUCAUAAGAAGCGAUUAUCUGUUGCGUCAUAAUUCCAAGUGCAAGGACAAAACUCAGCUCAGCAAUGCUCUCUGUGACAGGUGUGGGGGAUUUUUCUCAGAAAAACAACUUGAAAUCCACAAAAAAACUUGCAUUCUAGGAUCUUGCUCACCAACUGUUUCCAAAAGCAGUCAGUCAUCCACUCAACCCCCACCGAAAGGUUUUUCAUGUGCGUACUGCAGUUCACGAUUUUUGAUAUUUUCACAACUCCAAGAACAUUUUUUAAGUACACACAAGCUGGAAACAGGGGCUCCACCAGUGUCAACUGCUCCACUGCAACAACUUCUGUCCAAUAUACCAAACAUCAAAGAAGAGCCUGUGGAUGAGAGUUAUGGAAAAGCUCCUGGCAAUGAUGGUGAUGUAUCUAAACCUGACAUGGCUCCAACGACCUCAGAUCCGCUCGUCUGCCAGAAAUGUAACAUGUGUUUCAUUAACAGAGCAGGACUAAUUGGUCAUCAGCGUGCGCAUGAAACACGAACACCUUUUGCCUGUAAAUACUGCAACAGGGGCUUUUGGAAUAAAACCCAACACCGAAAUCACUUCAGAAAAUGCAGAAUUGUAAGCCAACGGCUGGAUGUCCCUGUAAAAGCAGAGAUCAAUUAUGCUUUUAAUGACUCCAAGUCCAAAAAGGAUUUAGAAACUGUGGCAACAACAACAGCUAGUGCAGACAAUUUACAAACUAACUUCCCCUGUAAAGAAGAGCCAGAGGAGAAUUCAACACCAACCUCAUAUGGAAAUGUGGACCAGAGCAGCAACUCAAGUACAGAAAAGAAAGCUGUGCAGUACCAAUGUUCAGAAUGUGAUAAGAGCUUCACUGAUGGCCUGUUGCUCAUAAGUCACCUUGAAGACCAUGGAAGGGAGGAGCAAGAGAAAAAAUGUAAUAAAUGUUCCAAGUGUGGACGAAUGUUCUCUAAUCAAGGAAACCUGAGGAGACACAUGAAACUGCAUAUGGUCCACCAAAGGUACUUCUGUUCACUUUGCCCCAAGGUGUGCAGCACAUUGUCUGAGCUUGAAAAACACAAAGCAGGUCAUGAAAGUAAUAAACCCUUUGCUUGCAAAUUGUGUAGGCAAAGCUUUUGGACGAGGCUAGCUUUAUGUGAACAUUACAGUGGAGAACAUGGUGAUGAGAUUUUUCAUUGCCAGUGGUGCAGCAAAGUGUAUGCAUCCAAAAAGUCACUGUCUAGACAUUAUAAAAAAUGGCAUCCCAAAGAGCUAAGUCAGCUUAGGAGUGCACAUCUGCAAAGGGGCAGUUUUGACCAGCAGUCUAGCAGUUAUGUUAGUACAAAUGGUGAUAGUGAUGAAGAUCUAAACCUUGAUAGCGACAGCAACUCUGACUCUGCCCCUUACUUCCCAUGCCAUGUGUGCGGGAAGACAUUCCCAACAUCAGAAAGUCUUGAGGAUCACCAGUUGUGUCACCUGGGCAAAAAGCCACACGAAUGUGCCGAAUGCGGUAAAUGUUUCUUCCAGGCAUCCCAGCUGCAGCAGCACCAGCGAAUGCACAAGUCUGAGUUUCAGUGUCAAACAUGCGGCAGAGGAUUCGUUUCGCUCUUUGCGCUACGGAACCAUAAACAUUCUCAUGGGAAGAGUCGCCCAUUUCGUUGUUCCAAGUGUCAUCUCGGUUUCGCUGGACCCACACAGCUAGCGGAGCACAUGUCCACCCACCGCGAAGAGAGCUUUCCAUGCGAUAUCUGCAAUAAGAUAUUUCAGUGUAAGAGCAGCAGAGCCGAGCAUCGGAAGUCUCACUCGACAUCUAAUGAAGGCACCCCUCCUUCAGUUUCAAAGGGAGAGCAUGAACAGCAUAAAAGCGUAUUUGGAUAUACCACAGAGUUCAAGUACCGCUGUGGCAUCUGUAGUGAGCGCUUCAGAAAUCCAGAACAACUGUCGGAGCACGGUUGCUUGGAAGCCAGAGAGCGACCCUAUACUUGCACAGAAUGCAAUAAACACUUUCUUCAUGCGUCUCACCUGAACAAGCACCGCAACACCCAUCAUCAGGCAUGGUCUGAUCGAGAAUAUCCAUGCAAUCAGUGCAACAGUAGUUUUUCCUCAUCUCAGUACUUCCUUAGCCAUCUCAAAACCCAUGAGGGCACUGCAACAGGAAUCGGUUGGGAAAGAGACUCAUCAGAUGGAUUCAUAUGUCCAGUUUGCCACCAGUGUUUUGCCAAUGCCACGGAACUGAUCCAUCAUUUUCCAAUUCACCCUGAUUGUGCACCUGAAAGAGAAAAGGCAGAACACAACACCACUGAAGGUGAGCUUGAAGAACAAGAAGUGUUUCACCCUACAGCACCAGCUGAAUAUGAAUGUGGAAAGUGUGGUGGAAGAUUUCUGGGAAAAGAGGCUCUCCAUCACCAUCAUUGUUCCCUGCAACAGCUGGAAGUAGUGGAGAACACACUCUUUGAUCCAGCAGAUGUAAGUCCAGGUAACGAGGUUGCAGGGGAUGAAGAGGACGUCGACGUUACUGGAGAAGACUUGUAUAGAUGCCAUGAGUGCUCAAUGCAGUUUUUCUCUAAAAGCAGCCUCCUGGAGCAUCAAAACGAUCAACACCCCAAUAACUGGAAGGAGUUCAAAUGUGAAACCUGUGGAAAGACCUUUGCCAAGAAGCGUUAUCUCAGAAAGCACGAGCUUAGACAACAUGGUCCUAAAGAGCAUACCGCCACUACAGCCAACCUAGGAAAAAAGUUCAAAUGUAUGCACUGUCGAGGGAAAUUUAGCACAGCCCAGGAUUUAUCGAACCACAUGAGACUGCAUGCCGAAAACCAAGCCGGGGAAUACCGUUGUGACAUGUGCUACAAGUCAUUCAGCAAGCGGGGUCUUCUUAAACAGCAUCAGGAGAGCCAUGUUGGCGAGGUUGUGUACGAAUGCACAGAAUGUGACAAAGCUUUUGCUUUUCCUCACCUGCUGGAAGAACAUCAGCGUUCUCACACUGCAUCCUCUGAGUAGUGUUUCAAGUUCAUCAUGUACACCUUAUCUUCUCUCGAAAUAACUUAAGGUAUUUUAAUGCCUUACUUCUGUCUUCUUCCAGCUGUUUGGACCUUGUUGAAUAUUCAAAAAGCACUUGACUUGUGUCUGUAUGAUGGGGUAAACUCUCCUUUAUAGUUGUGUAUAUUUUUAGUUGUAUUGGGAUUUGAAAAAAAAAAAAUCAUAGUUUCUGAGACAGUGUUUGAAAAUCUGUUUAAAUUUGCUGAAUAAUUGUUUUUAAAAAAUGAAUCCUGACCAACAUGUCUUGAUUAACAACUUACAUUUUGAGGUUCAGCAUAUUUUGUUGACAAUAUGUAAAGUAGGCUUCACCCUGGUAAUUUUAUUCCUUUCUAUGCUAUGACUUUUCUUGUACAAUAUCACUUUGUAAUCUUCGGUUUAUUUCUUGUAUGCCUUUUACCAGGUGUUUCUUUUUUUUAAAAUGUGAAAAAUAAUGUUGAACACACAUCGAAAUGAUGCUUUAAUGGGAAUAUUCUAUCACCAUCUGAUGUUACCUUUUUUUUCUUAAGGAAUUUAGUUGAUGCAGUAAAGUCAACUUAAAAAUCCA